AUGGACGGCGACGAAGGGCUGUUUGCGGCUGGACAACUGCUGUUGCGCUCCAAUGCGCCGGACCCGUCCAACCCGGCUCUCUCCUCGUCACCUUCCAAUAGUACCGAGGCUUCCACCGAAAACGGACCGGUCUCCGUAGCCGAGUCUGUCGACGGCUCUACCGGCCUCAGCGAGCUCAACGGCCCCAGCGAGCAGAAGCAGGGCAGCCAGUGUAGCAAUGGUGCGGGUAAUGAGCCCGCGACUGAGGCCGACGGCGCGGCGACGGGCAACGAUGGAACGAACGAUGCGGUGGACGAUGCGGUGGACGAUGCGGCGGACGAUGUGGCGGAGGAUGUGGCGGCUGGAACGACUGGACAGACUGAGAGCGGAGAGAGUCCGUCGUCGUCAGACGAUGUCCUUCAGCGGGCCGAGGUACUGCUGGAGAUCGAGUCGGCGGCUUGCUACCGUGUCCAGGGCGCGGAGCACAGCCGCGAGCUUAUUACCGAGGGGCGACUCUCGUUUCUCUCGGUGGCAUCGGAGCCGCGGAACGUGGUCUUUCUCGCUUGUACAGCCGCAUUUAUGUGCCCGCUUGCCGGAAGCCAUGUUCCGUCGCUCCGGGUCCGCGAUCGGUUCUACAUCUUCCCCAUGCCAGGCUUCUUCUACGGCGUCAUCUUUCCAGUCUCGACGCCGCUACUGCUACUGGCCCAGUUUGAGGCGCUGCUCGCACAACACACAUGCUUCCGCAUCCGCGACCCACCAUUGCCACCGACGCCGCGUCCGGCAGCGGCUCGGCCGUCGUUUGAGGACCAGCUCGACGCUGCGGCGGCCGGGCCGAGCGGCGACGACGACAAGGCGGAAGCGGCACAUGGAGCUGGCGUGAGUGCACGUGUGCAGCCAAGUAAGGUUAUCGAGGCCGAGACGCGGCCGAUGGAGGAGUGGAUGGCGGAUCCGCGCAUUGUGGCGCAGCCAGACGCGGCCAUGCGCGGGGUGACGGCCGGCGGGGCGAUUGCGGCAGCUAUUGCCAUUGCUGGUGGCAUGCACACGCUGACGUACGUCAAGCCCGAGCCCGUGUGGGUGCGCGGGAUGCGGGCGACGGCCGGCGGUAUCGACUCGUCGACCGCAUACCUCGGGCGCGGCCUAGAGAGCUCGGCGCGAGUUCUCGGGGGAACCAUCCGGGCGUCAGGCGAGUCGAUCAAGUCUGUGCUCUCGCCGUCGGCGGUGAGCGUGUCGGCGCGGGUCUCGCAGAACGUCAAGAUGGUCCGCAUGGCAUCGGGUGCUGCCGUCAUGGUAUCCAAUGUGCUGGUCAAGGGCGUGGCGGCGGCGGCGCGGACCAUUGGUCAGUCUACCGCCGAGGCGCUGGCGGAAACGUCUGUCGGCCAAAAGCUGGGCGCUUCGGCAGCCAACCCGACGGUCGAGGCGCUGCGUGACGUUGGAUUCUCGACGCUCAAGGGCGUGGACACGCUGUUUACCGCCCUCGAGUCGGCCGGGCGCAUCCUGCUCACCGACGUCUCGACAACUACCGCCGGAGUGGUCGGCCACAAGUUUGGCCCGCAGAUGGGCGAGCUCGCGCAGGACACGCUCGGCGCGGUUGGCAACGUGGCUGGCUCAGUUGUCGCGUACCAGAAGGUCGGCUACAAGACUGUUGCCACACUCGCCGGCAAGGAGACCGUAGCGACGGUGCUGGCGACCGAGAAGAACAAGCCUCCCCCGGGCUCGUCGCAGCCGGACCCGCUGCUGCUCUCCAUGGGCAUGUUACCCGCGCUUGCGGCGGCGUCGUCGGCAUCGUCGGCGUCGAGCGUCAGCCCGGCAGCCAAGGCCGAGGACGGCAGCAGCGCCUAGACUAGCCUCGCGUGUUGAAGAUUGAACUGUUUUCUUUCAUU